AUGAUGGACAGGAACUACCCGAGCUCCAGCUUUGCGGACGCGCUGGCUCCGGCAGCACAGUCCGCAGCUUCUUGGGCCUAUGACCGCGGCUCGGUUACCAUCAAGCCGAGCUCCAGUUAUGGUACAGCACAGCUUGAUGCAGGGCUCCUCCAACGGCAGAGCUACACUUCAAUACAGCAGCUCCCCACCUACACUUCUGCACAAAUUGCUGUUGCUACAGGUGCACUUCACACAAACAACACUUCAGAGACCUCAAUCAUGAGCUUCCUUUCAGCCAUGGAGUCAAGAAGUCCUGUUAGUGCCUCGCUUGUUUCUCCUUUUAGACCUCCAUCUUGGCCUGCAGGUGCCACCUCCUCCGCCACAGAGCUAUAUCUAACUGGUGCUUUACCUUCUACUGCCACAUUUCCAUCUCCAGCUGCUUUGUCAAGCUAUCAACACAAUAGUCCGUAUACUUCCAGGAGUUAUUCCUCCAACUCUUCCUUGGCUCAUCAGGAUCCAGCCCUCAGCACUUCCACCAAUGGUCUCCUGUCUCAUCAUGACUCCCAACUCAAACAAAGCCAAACUGUGCUUCCAGCUGCCCUGGCAUUCAACGUUUCUGGACCCAUUUUGGGCUCAACUCUACCAGUCCAGUCUUCAACAUAUCGCUCAGCUCAGGAGUCAGCCCCCCACCUCCUUCAACCGCAGUUUAGCCUUCUGCCAUCAGCCCUUCCUGUCCCUCAUAGUGCCUCACAGUCAUAUGGUGCCACUGUUUUUUCAGGCUCUGUUGAGAGAGCACUUCAACGAGAAUGUAGCGUGAUCAAACACCAUCAGAGGCCUUCAACUAGUCACACAGCCACAGAGCAAAUACCCAAUUCUGAGGACUCCUUACAGGGCUACUAUGGCUCUGGUAGUGAGGGAAGUAUGUCUUACCGACAAGAACAAUCCCGUGACACCCCAGAAUCUUGCAGCCCUUCAACAGAAAAGGAUUCAUCUCAUAGGAUCAAUGGUGCCCUACAGCACAAAGCAGACUCAGUUACUCAAAGCUAUUCAUGCACCACAGUGCCGACAACUAAAGAGUAUUCCUCAAAAUUAGCUUCUGCGGCUCAUGAGGAGAAUCACAGACAUUCUCAGAACCAUACAUCGCAAUCCCCAGACGGUUAUUCUUCCCCUGGGCAAAAGCAGAACUCUGGAGUUGGUAAUCAGCUAACUGGUCUUAUAUCCAGCACUCAGUCCCAAACCUAUAUAAUGACACAUAUCCAAUCACAGCCCUCAAAUUCUUCAGCAGGCAAUUUGUCCUCACUUUACAAGACACUACCUUCCCUAUCCAGUCUGUCCAGCAGUGGUGCAUCUACAAGUCAGGCUCUUGUGUUCUCUUCCAGUGAGGUUCUAAGCCAGGGGCAGUAUGGGAUCCAAGUUCAGGGCUUGUGUCCAGGGACUCUCUCAGAGAGCUAUCCCUCAUCUCACUCACAGCCUGAGCCAAAUGUGAUUUAUACAUCGGGGUCACAGGAGCAGGCUUCAGUGACUCAGUCUCAGCCCUUUGCCACUGUGAACUCCUCUUACCAACCCACCUGUGGACAGAAUCUUACCACCUCUGCACAAGACUACAACCUGAUGCAAAGCUCUGUAGGGAAUAAAACACUCCCGGUCACCGUUUCACGCCAGGCAACUUUGCAGGCCAAACAUAUUUAUGAGACCAUGUCCGCUACCUACUCGUCAACUACAGAAGCUUUGAAUAAUACUAUCAGCUCAUCAUUAAAGGAUAUAAAGCCAACAUAUGGAAAACUGGCAUUUGAAGAACUUCCUGUCCAGGAGCUACAGGCUCUUCAACAGGCAUCCAUAGGGGGUUCUGUGAUAAAUGGCACCACAACAGCUAACAACAAUGUAAUCUAUAUGGUUUCAAAAAUGGACGACCCCCACAAAACACAGGGUGUCAUCAGAGACCGUUCACAUUCUGAUGAUCGUCUUACACAACUGAACACGGCACCAGUAAGGGACGAGAGCAUGAGCUCUUCAAGUCAACAACAUAGUCACCUCAGUGGUGUCAACGGGCAGGAAAAUGUCAAUCCAAAAACAACCAACUCCAGUAUUAUAUCUUCACCUGUAAUUCUUAAGCAGGAACCUUCCCUUAUCAAAUCAUCUGAAUCACAACAGAAUCACCAGGACCACACUCAGUUUGUCAGUGUUCCAAGUGCUCAGGUUCUCUUGGACCCUAACCAGAUGAUUUUUCUUCAGCAGCCCCUUGGGCACAAUACGCAAGUUACUUCAAAAGUAGUAUCAGUGCAAGGUCUUCAAUCAGCACAAAGCUUGGGCCCUCUUAAUAUCCAGUAUCUUCAGAUGGAUCGAGAACUGAUGUUUCCCAAUGUCUCUGAAAGCCAAAGUCAGCAGGCCACAGUUCUGUCUGAGCGGAGCUCAGGAUCUGUUGACUCUUCUAAAGACCACUACAGCAAGUCAGCUAGUCACCAGCCUAAUGAUGCUAAGAACCACUUUGCCCUGAACUCCCUUUGCUUUUCGGACUCCAUGUUACUUGCUGAUGACAGAAAUAUUUUAUCAAAUGUUGACGACAUUCUAGCUGCUACUGUGGCUGCUUGUGGUGUUACACCACAUGACUUUGUCAAAGGUACAUCCCCCACAGAUGUUCAAAUGGCAGUGAUGGCAAGUCCAGUUGAUGCCAAGCGUCACUUUCAGACAGUGGAUAUAACACAAAUGUCACCUAGUUACUCAACAGCUCAACCGACAAUCCUCACGGACACUAACUCACACUCAAUGGCUAUGACACUAAAUGGUGCUCAGACCUGUACAGACCGCCAAGGAAAGCCCAUUCACAACAACAAUAGUUCUGAUCUUGACACAAAUGGGGAACGAGACAGCUCUGAUACAGACUUUCACUCAGGGCAGGUUUAUGAAACUUCAGGUUUUCAAAACAGUGUCAAAGGUAAUGCAGAACCUAUCAAAGCUGUAAACAGCGUCAUAGAAGGCCAAAUUGUUAAGGGUUUUCCCAAAAAGAAAGUUGUGUCAAAGGUUUUGACAAGGCCAGAGGCUUCUGGGGAGGAUAAUUUACCACCUAAACUAGCUAAGCGCACUGGACAAGCAAAGCGGCAAAACUCCAAAGACCACGACAUCAGCCCAUCUGCUUCUCAAAGUGUGUAUGACCGUUGUCCACAACAGGAAAAAAUCCGCCAGAAAAUUAGGGAAGUAGAAGCCAAACAACCAGAGGUGAAAACUGGUUUUAUCGCCUCUUUCUUGGACUUCAUCAAAUCUGGCCCCAAACAGCAGUACUCCCAAAGUCCUUCCAGAACUGUCAGUCGCUCCAAAAAGCCUGUUACCUUGGUCAGACCACCAUCAUGUGGUUUCCCCCCCAAAACUCAGAAUCUGACAGAUUCCGUGAUUUCACAGCAGAGCCAGGCAACCAGCUCUCAGCAGAAAUGUCUGGACGAAGAGCUACAAAAGAACCUGGAGACACUGCCAUCAUUUAGCUCUGAUGAAGAGGAAAACACGGGAAGAAACCAAGCACUUAGGAACAGCAUCUGCUCAGUGCUGUCUGCUCUUGAUGAACCCCCAGAACGGAAAGCCAAGCCAGAUAACCACAUCCCCACUAUGGUGCUAAAACCAGUCCAGGUUCCUGCUGUGCCUCUCAACAUCACAGACACCCACUUGCCAAUGAUACCCACUACUCCUCAAACAUCAACCAUAGUCACCACAGUAACCACAUCUGCGACCAAGCAGGAGCCCAAAGCAACACCGCCUGGCCAGCUUGCUGUAAAGUUAUUAAGUGUGGCCAUCGAGGGACUGACUGAUGAGGAGCUGUCGGACAGUGGAGGGGAAGGAAUGUACCGGGAAAGAGACGAGUUUGUUGUGAGGAAUGAAGAUAUUGAAACCUUGAAGGGGGCAAUGUGUGCUGGAAGUGAGCCUCCUGCCAUCUGGAAAGUUCAGAAGGCUUUACUGCAGAAAUUUGUGCCUGAGUUAAGAGAUGGAAAACGUGUCUUCUCUGCUACUAAUAGCUACCUUGGAUACUUUGGGGAUGCAAAGACAAUGUAUCAUAGGGUCUACGUAAAGUUUCUGGACACAGUUAACAAAAGGGAAUAUGUCAGAGUGUGCAGUCGGAAGCCACACUGCAAGCCCAUAAAUUCACUAAGAAGUGUUCAUGUGAAGACUUUGCUGGGCUUGACAGCCGGUCCUUUCUUAUCAUCUCCAAGCAAUAAGCUUCGUCCUAAACCCUUCAAGCCGAGAGCAGAGCCCCCGCCCAAAAAGAGGCGGAAAUGGAAGGAGGCGUUGUUAGCUGCUGCGUCAGGAUCGUCCGCUGAUGAAGAUGAUUUAAACCCACCUAUGCCUUUUGCAUCACGUCUUCUCAACACACGAACUAUGAAGGAGACCUUCAGGAGCUUUGUGGAAUUGCUUGUCAGCAUUGCUCUUGAUGAAGAUGUGAUGACAGAACUUGAGAGAGCCAAUGAUGAGUUGCUGCUCCCACAUAUGAGAAGGAUGGAGGGCUUGAUUACUGACAACCGGAAACGCUUGCUUCACAAACUAAACAUUGAGCAAGUCCUCAAGACGGCACUGGACAGCUUUCCAGAGAUCUCAAUGGUCACUGAGCUGACAAAUGAUGGGGAAACAUCAACCUUCAAAGUGCGUCUUGGAGGGACAGUCUACAACAAGAAGACCAUGAAGCCUGACAAGAUGGUUACCCGAGUUACGCAGGAGUACACAGUGGACCAACAGAAGACCCAGUGGUUCUCUCUGUAUCAUUCUCUACAGCACUACAAGUACCACACAUACCUCAUGUGUAAAAAGGAGAUCGCCAGCCAGCAGACGCAGGCAGGCGAGUUGGGGCAAGAGGAGACGAUACAGAAGUGCCUACGGAAUGGAUCUUGGCUGGAGGGACUUUUCGAUCGCUUUGAGGAGCUGAUUAAUCAAGUGCAGCAGGCCUGCACUUGA